ACUGUCGGUCUGUCUGCUGCUCUUCUCCUCAUUCCCCUUUCUUCAUCUACCAUCUUCUGUUCUCGUAGUCCUCCAUCUUCUUCCCCUGUGUCGAUCAAUUCUCGGUGUGACUCACCAGCGGCCCGAAAGGACAGCUCACCAUGACCACCCGCUAUCGCGUUGAAUAUGCUCUCAAGUCUCACCGUCGAGACCAACUGAUUGAAUGGAUCAAAGGUCUGUUGGCGGUUCCAUUCGUACUGCACUCGCAGCCCACCGCCGUCUACCAGGAACACAGCGAGAACCUGAUCGCUGUGGCGGCCGACACCCACCAGCGCUAUGCGGAGAUCUUCCGCGACGUCGAGAUGCUCAUUCGCGACCACAUUUCCCACGAACAAAAAGCUGCCCCCGGUAACUCCAAGCUCAAGCUGUUAGUCCCUAGUGUGGGCACGUUCUUCACCCCCUUGUUUCUGGUUGAUGCCUUCCGGUACCAGGACCGCCAGCGGUUCAUCAGUCGGCGCCGCUUUGUGGCCCCCUCGUUCAACGAUGUCCGGCUGAUCCUCAACUCGGCCCAGCUGCUCGGCCUGGCCCGCUCCACCGGUGUCGAGCUCGUCACCUUUGAUGGUGAUGUCACGCUGUACGACGACGGGGCGUGUCUCACGCCUGACAACCCGGUCAUCUCGCGCAUGAUUCGCCUGCUGCUGCAGGGGCGCAAGAUCGGCAUCGUCACGGCAGCUGGCUACACAGAGGCCGAAAAGUACUACGAGCGCCUCAAGGGGCUGCUGGACGCGAUGCACGACUCGGCGGCGCUGACAGACGAGCAGCGGGCGGGAUUGGUGGUGAUGGGCGGCGAGAGCAACUUUUUGUUCCGUUAUGAUUCCACGUCGCCGCACCGGCUGACGUAUGUGCCGCGCGAGGAGUGGAUGCUGGAGGAGAUGUCCACAUGGAAGGAUGGAGACAUCACUGAGCUGCUAGAUAUCGCAGAGUCGUCGCUGCGGGCGUGCGCGACGAAUCUGAACCUGCCGGUGGCGGUGCUGCGCAAGGACCGGGCGGUGGGCGUGUAUCCGCUGGAGCGGAGCAAGAUCAGCCGGGAGCAGCUGGAGGAGACGGUACUGGUGGUACAGAACACGGUGGAGCGGUCGGCGGUGGGAGCACGGCUGCCAUUCUGUGCUUUUAACGGUGGCAACGAUGUGUUUGUGGACAUUGGCGACAAGUCGUGGGGUGUGCGGGCUUGCCAGCGGUACUUUGGGGGGAUUGAGCGGGAGCGCACUCUGCAUGUAGGCGACCAGUUCCUGUCCGCAGGAGCCAACGAUUUCAAGGCGCGACUGGCGUCCACGACGGCGUGGAUCGCGAGCCCGGCGGAGACGGUGCAGCUGCUGGACGAGCUGCAGGGGCUGUAAGGGGAACUGUUACAUAUCUCUAAUUCAAUCUUAUUCUGCACGCCCUGUAAC